AUGCGUGGCACCAUGGUCUCUCUCAGCUUCUUCCUCAUCGGUUCUGUCCUCAACCUCGUUUCUCUUGGAUCCCCCACCAACCAAUCUCGCGCCUCGAAUGGCUUCUCCCAGCAAUGCACUUCCGUAGCCACCAAACUCCACAUUCCACAGGCAAACAUCUCAUUCACCGAGUUUGUCGCUGCCAACACGACGCUACAAUUUCCCAACGCCGACCCAUCAUGCACUCGUCCCUCACAAGCAGUCUCAGCCAACAUCUGCCGCGUCGGCUUGAGCGUCAAAACCUCGGCUACCUCUGGCAUCAGAAUGGAAGUCUGGCUUCCCCAAAACUGGACUGGUCGCUUCUUGAGCACCGGCAACGGGGGUCUUGGUGGGUGUAUCCAGUACGAGGAUCUUGACUAUGCAGCGUCACUGGGCUUCGCAUCGGUGGGCACGAAUAAUGGACACGAGGGAAUGACGGGCGAGUCGUUUCUCAACAACACUGGUGUGAUUGAGGAUUUUGCGUACCGUGCUGUGCACACUGGUGUGGUCAUCGGGAAGCAAGUCAGCGAAGCCUUUUAUGGCAGACCACACUCGAAGAGCUACUAUCUAGGCUGUUCCACGGGCGGAAGACAAGGUUUCAAAGCCGUCCAAUCGUUCCCCAACGACUUUGACGGCGUCGUCGCUGGCGCGCCUGCAUUCUCCUUCAACAACCUUACCUCCUGGAGUUCUGGCUUCCUACCUCUUACCGGGAGUCCAGAGUCUGCGACCUUUGUUCCUCUCGACAUGUGGCCCAUCGUGCAUCAGGACGUGCUGGCACAGUGCGACAUGCUCGAUGGCGUGGCAGACGGUAUCCUCGAAUCGCCCGAUCUGUGUCAUUACGACCCGGCCGGCCUUCUCUGCACAUCGGGUCGAAACACGACAUGUCUUACCGCGGCUCAGGUACAGACAGUCCGCAGGUCUUACGCGCCUCUCCUCGACGCUGACGGCAGUCUAAUCUACCCACGUCUACAGCCUGGUGCCGAGGGCACAGAAGCGCCUUUCACGCUAUUCACUGGCCGCGCAUUCGGCGCCUCGGAUUGGUUCAAAUACGCCGUCCUAAACGACACUUCGUGGGAUCCUAGCACCCUUUCCCUAGCCGACAUGUGUCUCUCCGCGCGUCUCAACCUAGCCGACAUCGAAACGUGGAACGGCAACCUCUCGGCGUUCAAAGCAGCGGGUGGAAAACUACUGCACUACCACGGUCUCGUAGACGGCGUCAUCACGAGUGAAAACUCGCCGCGGUACUAUGAACAUGUUUCUACGACGAUGCAGCAGACGCCUGCUCAGCUGGACGACUUUUACCGCUUCUUCCGUAUCUCGGGUAUGGCGCACUGCGGUGGUGGACCGGGCGCGAGUCGUAUUGGAAAUCAAGCUAGGAACUCGGCGGGCUUGGAUCCGGAGGACAAUGUUCUCAUGGCGAUGGUAAGGUGGGUGGAGGAGGGCGUUGCGCCAGAAGUCGUUGUGGGGACUAGAUAUAAGAAUGGGACGACGGCUGGGAGUGGUGUGGAUUAUAAGAGGAGGCAUUGUAAGUGGCCGGCGAGGAAUGUGUACAAUGGGAUUGGUGAUUGUAAGGAUCCGUUGAAUUGGGAUUGUAUCUAG